UAUCAGGUCUCUGUCCUCUAAAGCUGUUCUAGUGAAUGAAUUAAUAUCAGAUUAUGAUAUUGAUUUACUUUGUCUUACUGAGACCUGGUUGUCCCACGAGGAGUAUGUUAGCCUAAAUGAAUCCACCCCCCCAGUCAUAUUAAUACUCACAUUCCUCGAGGCACAGGCCGAGGAGAUGGAGUAGCAGCUAUAUAUGAUUCGAGCGUUUUAAUGGACCCUAAACCUAAACUAAAUUAUAAUUCAUUUGAAAGCCUUGUUCUUAGUCUUUCUCACCCAAACUGGAAAACACUGCAGCCAGUUCUAUUUGUUAUAGUGUACCGCGCUCCUGGACCGUACUCUGAUUUUAUAUCUGAAUUUUCAGAGUUUCUAUCAAGCUUAGUCCUUAAAUCAGAUAAAGUAAUUAUUGUAGGUGAUUUUAAUAUUCAUGUGGAUGUUGACAAUGACAGCCUUAGUAAUGCAUUUAUAUCAUUAAUAGACUCAAUUGGCUUCUGUCAGAGUGUAAAUAAACCAACUCAUUGUUUUAAUCACACUCUUGACCUUGUUUUAUCAUAUGGCAUUGAUAUUGAACAUUUAAUAGUCUUCCCACAUAAUCCUUUCCUAUCUGACCAUUAUUUAGUAACUUUUGAAUUCAUACUAUUAGAUUAUAAGCCAUUAGGCAAAACUUCCUACAGCAGAUGUUUAUCUGACAGUGCUGUAGCUAAAUUUAAGGAGGAGAUUCCUUCAGUGUUUAAUUCAAUGCCAUGUCUGAAUUUAACAGAGUCCUAUAACAACUUUAGUCCCUCUGAAAUUGAUAAUCUUGUCGAUAGUGCUACAGGCUCACUACGAUCAACAUUAGACUCUAUCGCUCCUAUAAAAAGGAAAUUAUUAAAACAUAGGAGACUAGCACCUUGGUAUAACCACCAAACCCGCCAGUUAAAGCAAAUAGCUAGGAAAUCUGAAAGGAAAUGGCGCUCUUCCAAAUUAUCAGAAUAUCGCUCAAAUUGGCAAGAUGAUCUUAAGAUUUAUAGAAAGGCCCUCCGUAAUGCCAGAGGAGCCUAUUACUCAGCACUAAUAGAAGAAAAUAAGAACAACCCUAGGUUCCUCUUCAGCACUGUAGCCAGGCUGACAGAGAGUCACAGCUCUAUCGAGCCACAUAUCCCCAUAAACUUAAGUAGCAAUGACUUCAUGAGCUUCUUCUAUAAUAAAAUUAUUACUAUUAGAGAAAAAAUUAAUCACCAACUGCCAUCAACAGUUAUCAGUGGCUCUCCAAGUUCAGGGACUUCUGUCAAUGUAAACUUAGAUGUAUAUUUAGACUGUUUUUCUGCUAUCGAUCUUCAUCAGUUAACUUCAAUCAUUUCUUCAUCGAAGCCAUCAACCUGUCUGUUAGACCCGAUCCCAACUAGGCUGCUUAAAGAAGUUGUUCCCUUAAUUGGCACUUCUUUACUGGAUAUGAUUAAUCUUUCUUUAUUAUCAGGAUAUGUACCACAGUCCUUUAAAGUAGCUGUAAUUAAACCCCCUUCUUAAAAAGUCUACUCUUGACCCAGGGGUUUUAGCCAACUAUAGACCGAUUUCUAACCUCCCGUUCCUCUCUAAGAUUCUGGAGAAAGUAGUCGCCAAAGACUUGUGU